UAAAAAAAAAAAUCCCAAAUUAAUUGGUGUACAUGAAAGUUAUAUUGUGUACAAAUGACAGUAUAGAUACUGGAAUUUUUAUAUAUAUUAGUAAUGUCUGCAAUCAGCGACUUAUAGCGGGACUGCGGAGGACAUUCUGACACUGGGGGGGAAACUGACUGUCACUGACAUCCCCAAUGACACCAAUACAGUGAUCAGUGCUAAUAAAAAGCACUGACACUGUACUAAUGGCACUGGGCAGGAAGAGGUUAAUAUAAGGGGC